UUUCUAAGAUGAGAUGAAGGUGAAAAAUUACCAGUAAGACUACCCUAGUUCAUUCACCCACGAUGUCCGCUAUCUACAAAGCAUUACAAUCCAAGAGUAGCAAAGACAGCUCUGAAAAGGCCAAGCACAUAAAUAGACAGCGUUUGUUGGUGAUAUCCUCCCGAGGUGUUACCUACAGACAUCGUCAUAUGAUAUCUGACUUGUUAGCACUUUUGCCUCACGCCAGAAAGGAGCCUAAAUUUGAUUCGAAGAAGAACUUGUACCAGUUGAACGAGGUUGCCGAGUUAUACAACUGUAACAACAUCUUUUUCUUCGAGUGCAGAAAGCACCAAGACUUAUAUUUAUGGCUCACCAAGCCACCUAAUGGACCAACUUUGAAAUUCCACAUCCAAAACUUGCAUACUUUAGAUGAGCUUAACUUCACCGGUAACUGUCUCAAGGGAUCCAGACCAAUUUUGAGUUUCGAUAAGGCAUUCUUGGAGAACGACCACUACAAGUUGAUGAAGGAGCUUUUCACCCACACCUUUGGAGUUCCUCCAAACGCCAGAAAGUCCAAACCAUUCGUGGACCAUGUGAUGACCUUCUCGAUCGUGGACAACAAGAUCUGGAUCAGAAACUACCAAAUCAACGAGACCAUGGAUGUCAAGGACAGCGAAACCAACGAAAUCAACCCCGAUGAGUUGAACUUGGUUGAGAUCGGGCCCAGAUUCGUUUUGACCUUGAUCACCAUUUUGGAGGGAUCCUUCGGAGGUCCCAAGAUCUACGAAAACAAGGAGUACGUGUCUCCAAACUUUGCCAGAGCCCAAAUGAAGCAACAGGCUGCCGAACAGGCCAGAUCCAGAGCCGAAGCUGCCCACGAGAGAAAGCUCAAGAAGAGAAACCAGAUUUUGAACGCGGACCCAUUGUCCAACGAUGCUUUGUUCAAGGAGUAGGUUGCGGGGGAUUCCUGGGAUCAACCAUGUCUUGCUGAAGGUGUCACGAUGGUGCAUUCUUCUCCGGUUCAAGAUCAACUGAGUGCUUGAUCUCGCUUAACGGUUGUCGUGUAUCAUAGAAAUAUAGCAUUAACGAGUAUGUGUAGCGAUAGAGCGAGCCACCAACAGUGUUGAGGUAGGCCCCCUAAGCCUCAGAGUCUCAGCCCCAGCCUGUUGCACCGGCUAGUGUGCCAUAGCC